CGGGGCUCCCCCCGCCGGCUCCCUUCCUCUCGCUCCCUCGCCCUCCCGCGCUCUCUCGCUCUCGCAGGGCCUGCUUCGCGGUGCGUGCGCGCGGGCGGCGGCGAGCCGUCUCGGACGCAGCAUGCAGGCACGCUACUCGGUGUCCGACCCCAAUGCCCUGGGAGUGGUGCCCUACCUGAGCGAGCAGAACUACUACCGGGCGGCCGGCAGCUACGGCGGCAUGGCCAGCCCCAUGGGCGUCUACUCCGGCCACCCGGAGCAGUACGGCGCGGGCAUGGGCCGCUCCUACGCGCCCUACCACCACCACCAGCCCGCGGCGCCCAAGGACCUCGUAAAGCCGCCCUACAGCUACAUCGCGCUCAUAACCAUGGCGAUCCAGAACGCGCCCGAGAAGAAGAUCACCCUGAACGGCAUCUACCAGUUCAUCAUGGACCGCUUCCCCUUCUACCGGGAGAACAAGCAAGGCUGGCAGAACAGCAUCCGCCACAACCUCUCGCUCAACGAGUGCUUCGUCAAGGUGCCCCGCGACGACAAGAAACCUGGCAAGGGCAGCUACUGGACGCUGGACCCGGACUCCUACAACAUGUUCGAGAACGGCAGCUUCCUGCGGCGCCGCCGGCGCUUCAAGAAAAAGGACGUGCCCAAGGAGAAGGAGGAGCGGGCCCACCUCAAGGAGCCGCCCCCGGCCGCGGCCAAGGGCGCCCCGGCCGGGCCCCCUCUAGCGGACGCCCCCAAGGAGGUCGAGAAGAAGGUGGUGAUCAAGAGCGAGGCGGCGUCGCCCGCGCUGCCGGUCAUCACCAAGGUGGAGACGCUGAGCCCCGAGAGCGCGCUGCAGGGCAGCCCGCGCAGCAGCGCCUCCACGCCCGCCGGCUCCCCCGACGGCUCGCUGCCCGAGCACCACGCCGGCGCGCCCAACGGGCUGCCCGGCUUCAGCGUGGAGAACAUCAUGACGCUGCGAACCUCGCCGCCGGGCGGCGAGCUGAGCCCCGCGGCCGGGCGCGCGGGCCUGGUGGUGCCGCCGCUCGCGCUGUCCUACGCCGCCGCGCCGCCCGCCGCCUACGGCCAGCCGUGCGCGCAGGGCCUGGAGGCCGGGGCCGCGGGGGGCUACCAGUGCAGCAUGCGCGCCAUGAGCCUGUACACCGGCGCCGAGCGGCCCGCGCACAUGUGCGUCCCGCCCGCGCUGGACGAGGCCCUCUCGGACCACCCGAGCGGCCCCGCGUCGCCCCUGAGCGCCCUCAACCUCGCCGCCGGCCAGGAGGGCGCGCUCGCUGCCGCGGGCCACCACCACCAGCACCACGGCCACCACCACCCGCAGGCGCCGCCGCCCCCGCCCCCGCCCCCGCCGGCGCCCCAGCCCCAGCCGGCGCCCCAGCCCGGGGCCGCCGCCGCCCAGGCCGCCUCCUGGUAUCUCAACCACAGCGGGGACCUGAACCACCUCCCGGGCCACACGUUCGCGGCCCAGCAGCAGACUUUCCCCAACGUCCGGGAGAUGUUCAACUCUCACCGGCUGGGGAUGGAGAACUCGACCCUCGGGGAACCGCAGGUGAGCACCAACGCGAGCUGUCAGCUGCCCUACAGAUCCACGCCAUCUCUCUACCGCCACGCCGCCCCCUAUUCCUAUGACUGCACGAAAUACUGACCUGCCCGGCCCGCUCCGGCUUCGCCUCCCGCACCCGGACCCGGACCUCUCAGACCGUUCGGGCUGCAGAGACGCAAAAAGAACCAAAACAUUGCCCACCAGCUUUUUCUCAGACCCAGGAGCAGAGAGCGCGCUCGCCAGCCUCAGCCCUUCUCUGUGAAGCUGCAGAGCUCAGAAUCUGGCAGCCUCAGUGCUUGCUGCUUGACCUCGAGCAUCCCCCAGGCCCCCGUGCUUUGGUUGAGUGAGCUGGACCGGCCAGCUAGGGAAGAGAGGGAGACUGAGUCCCCUCUCACGGCCACAGAAGAGACCAACCCUCCUUGCCCAGCUCUGGUACUCUAAUUCCAUUUCGUUCCUGUUCUUAAGAUGAUGUUUGCCGCUGGUUUAGAGGAGAGUGGUCUAGCUGGCUUUCUCCUUCUCCAGAUUUUUCUUAAGAGUCCACCCUGAAAGCUUGCCUUCAUCUCAAGAUUUGGAAUUCAGGCAAGGUCUGAGAGACACACGGGAAGUAAAGGAGAGAGAAACGGGGAAGAAUUGGGUGAGACCUGGGCUGCUGCUGAAGCCACGCUGGGAUCUACUAUCUCUGGGGAGGCUUCUGAAAGAAGUCACUGUGCGUCGGCCGCUCACCCAAGUGAGUAGCUCAAGAAAGGUCCCCACACCCCAUAGAGGCCACAGCGGGGCCAGGGGUCCUUCCAUUUCCUUAGGAACCUGGGCAGCUGGAAGGUUGGUGUUUGGGGCUUUAUCCAGGCCUCUGAAGGCGGCAGAGGGGAGAGGUGUGGAAGGCUGGGGUGCGCUGGAACGCCUUCGGUCCCCGGAAAGCUUCCGAGUCUGAGGCCCCGGGACCAGGGUAGGUGUGGGUAAGCGCCCCAGAAGGCCAGCCCUGUGUGCUGGGCGCUGAGCUCCUAGCUCGCUCAGCUCAGCCGCAGCCGCCCUGCUUCAGCAGCCCUAUGCAGACUUCGGGCCUAGGGACUGAGCGGCCUGGGGGCGUCUGUUGGUCCCCCCUGCGGGAUGCGGAGAUCCAGCAGCGAGGAGCUGAGCCCCGUGGGGUGGAGGCCAUCCGGGGGCCGACUCGCACCUCGCGGCGACCCCUGCGGGUCCGCUGCCUGGCGCGCAAAGACAGCGCGCGUGCGGGUGACACAGGCUGUCCCUGCUCCACGUAUCCGCUGGCCUCCCCUUGCUUCGGCCACUGGAUCCUCAGUCCUUGGGAGGCCCAGGGCCUAUCAGAGAAAGGGGAAAGGAGGUCGUGGAUGGAAGGGCCGGAAUGUUGGUCGCUGGCUGCCAGGACUCCUGGCCAAGCAGCUCUGUGGUCCUCCGGGCCCAAUUUGCACGAAGGCGCGUCCCGAUAACCACGUUCCUUCCUGAUCCAGUAACCGUGGAGCUAGGCAGGUCUCAAGGAACUGCAAAUAAAAUACAAGCAACCCCAACACCGCGGCAGAGACCAUUUCCCAUAGAGUUAACUCCGGAUGUCCUACUGGCCUUGGCUGCGCGGACUGUUUCUAACCAGGGCCCCGUUUUGACAGACAUGGACUGCUUGGAAGGACUCCGUGGCCUCUAGAAUCCCGCACAUUCCCCGCUCCACAGAGGCUGCAGCUUGAGUAGCCUCUGCUUCUUCCAAGACUCGGAGACAUGCAAGCUCACUACUUUCUGGGAGAGGGACUGUCCUGUGUGGCCCAGCCCAGGCUUCUCUUCCCAGGCCAGACUUGGGUCUCCAGCCAGGUAGUCUUCAUCUUCUGGUUUAAGUAGCCAAUCCUCACCCACACCAAAAUCAGUGGUGACAUGUGCCUUCUAAAUGCUGGAGCACUGGGCUAGGAAUUCGAAGACCAGGUGAUGCUGUGUGAACAAACUAUUUCCCUUCCUGGUUUCAGUCUUUUCAUCUGUAAAAUGACUGGUUGCUUGUAAGGGCAUUUGGGGUGGUCUAGCACUUUCCUUUCUGGCAUGGCCAUGCUCCCAUGAUGGGCCCUCAUUUAUCCCCACUCCCUUGCCCUGCUGAAAGAAAUGGAGAUCAGAAGCGGGAGGGAGGAGCAAACGUGGGGUCCUGGGAAGUUAGGUGCUUGGCUCAUAAAUCUUUCGGGGAUCCAUCUCCUCUCCUUUACCCCAAGACUGCCUGGGGUGGCCUUUGGGCCUGGGAGAGGCUUAUGACCUGCAUUCAGAGCAGAGAGAGCAGAGUUCCCAAAUCUCCCAUGAAAACUAGCCCUGGUGCCUGAGCACUUGCCUUGUCACUCCUUGCCCCCACCCCAAAUCAAAUCUCCGCACAGGGUGUUGGCCAAGGUCAGUGUGAUGGGAAUUCAUUAAUAACCAUUAAUCUGAAAUGGGCGGAAACAGCAAACUGAAAAGAGACAUUAAUUAACAGGCAGAACCAAGUCUCUCAAGAACGUGCUGGGGUCUGGGUCUCAGAACCUGUACCUGGUGCCUCAGGGAACGGGUACCUGCAUUGUCCUGGACGGGACACUCAUGCCCCUCCGGCUGUGGGGAACAUGGAUAGAGGCCUGAGGGGCAGCCAGCCCAGGGCGGCCAGGGGCUAGACUCUGGGUGAGCGGUGAGCGGACACACAAGGCCAGUGCCACCAGAGAGGGCCUUUUGGCACCACAUACUCGAAAUGCUUUCCCAAACUCUGAGAAGCAUUCCCUGCCUCCUCCUUUUUGCAUGGCCUCAGCUAGCCAAAGCAAGGCAUUUGAAAUGUUUGCUUUUGGACAUAGGCAUGUAAAGAAGGGGGUGGGAUGUUUCAGGGAGUCUGCAGUCUGCCACUGGGCCUGAGUGGACAUCCCUGCCUUGAUUUGUGCCAGCCUGUUCCCGGCUUUUGCAACCUUCCUGCCUCACAGAAAACACAGAAGGACACAGCCUGUGUAGAGUGUAGUUCUUGAAUGUGGAUCUUUGGUGCUUAGGUGAAGCUGAUGGGGGCUUUAUCUUGGGGCUGUGUGUGUGUGUGUGUGUGUGUGUGUGUUUGUGUGUGAAAAACUGGCAUAGA